AUGGCCAAGAACAACAACCAGCUCGAAAGACUCGCGGAGGCCCCCGUGGAGUUCAUCAAGGACGGCACUGCUUUCAUCCAGAAAUGCAAGAAACCUGGCAACAAGGACUUUAUGAAGAUCGUCCGUGCAGUGGGGAUCGGUUUCGUGGCCGUGGGUAUCAUUGGCUACGCCAUCAAGCUGUUACACAUCCCAAUCCGUUACUUGAUUGUGUGA